GCACGAUGACGUCAUGUCUGCGAAAACACAUGUUACCCACAAUGCAUCGUUUAAAGAAAAUGGCUUCUAUGGAUCGACGAAGUUAAAAUUAAGGUUGUGUCUGCAAGCAUGAAUUAUAAAUGCCUGUAGCAAGAAUGCAGGAUACUUCAUGGGACGAUAGCCGCAUGCUGUUGUCACACGAAAACGUGGCCAACAUGCGACAAAGUGGGCAUAUUUCGAAAGACGACGCAGGGGUCUCGUAUUUUUUCCAAAGACCUCAACUGCAGGAGCAACCUGACACAAACAGCUACUCCAACAGGAAAUGGGCAGUGGGGGACGACAGCAUUCUGGAGCAGUCAAGGAGUGGCAUGACCGUCCAGGAAUUGGAAAGAAACUUUCAUUCCAUGGCUCUUGACAACCGAGAGACAUCCAAGAAGAUGUGGGACAUUGGGCCAGGGGGCGAUGCCAGCAAACACCAGUACCAGACCAACAUGUGGAAUAGACCACGUGAUGAUGGCUGGCAUUCAAAUCCACAUUCAGAGGCCAGUGGGGGUGGUUUACUAGGCGUUGACAUGGUUGAACACAUGCUUGGGGCUGGCGUGAAUGUGUCUGGUGGCAAAGUGAUGCGCCAUCAGCUUAAUGCUCCUUACCAGAUGCAGAAGAUGAAGCUGGGUCCUGGUGACGACAUGGACAAGAAGGAGAAGACACCGUCACCAUUUGAGAAGGUCGAUGGAGACGCCACGGCAACAGACGGGCAGGACGGUCUCCAGAGCAACGGGAUCAUGCAAAACGGUCUGAAGGAGGAUGUGUAUGGGCGCCGUACUGCCAGCCACCAGAACUCUCCAACCCUGGACAACAAGUCCCCACAGAUGAAAGGGGAGGCAGACUACCUGGAACAGCAGGUCCUCAUGCAGCAGCAGAUGUCCGGUUUCCAGCUCGACCCCAAUCAGCUGGGCAUCGGCGAGUCCAUGGGCAUGGAUCCGAACCAGUUUGACUAUGGGAGCCAGCUGGGGCAUGUACCUUCCAUGGACAGUCCGAACUUCAACAUGGAUUUUCAGCAACAUUUGCGACAGCAGCAACAGCAGCAGCCAAUUGCAGUCCUCACCCAGCAACAGUACGCCCUGGCUGCCCAGCAACAACUAGGAGUGAACGGUGGUUUAACGCCAACACCCUAUGUUUUAAGCCAGGAUCCGUACUCUCUGGGCAUUCAGCUAGCAGGUCCCACAGUGAUCCACCCUCAGUACUACCAGGUGCAGACCCCCUGGGGCAUCUACCCAGCCAACCUGAUCCCCGCCCAGGGGCCUGGCACACCCCAGGGUAUCGCCGGCCAGAUGAGAGGGGGGUCAGGCCGUCUCACCCCCUCGGGUCAGAGUGACUCUGGACAGAACCAGAUGCAACAGAUGCCCCCACAAGGCGCCCAGUACCAGAUCCUUGCACCCGCCUACUAUGACCAGAAUGGCCAGCUGGUGAUGGGAACCCCCCGGGGCAUUCCUGGCGCAUCCAUGAGGCUCGUGUCCCCAGCCCCAGUACUUGUCACCGCAGGCAACCAGCAAGGUGGCGCGGCUAACCUCCGUCUUCUAACCACUCAGCCGCAGCAGUUGCCCGCUACCCCACCCAUUUACUCAAGCAGUACCGGUAACUCACAGCAAAACUCCCUCGGGUACAGCCAGUCAGGUAUGGGCUACUCCCAGGUCUCCUCUAGCCUCUUCACGCCCAUCAGCAACAACCUCAACCAGCAGAGUAACUAUGGCAACGGGGGCCUCAGCAGCCUAGGCUCCAGCAUGCAGGGAUCCAUCGGAUCAGCUGACUCUUUCGGGCUUGGUAACAGUCAACGACGUGACUCCCUGGAGUUCAAGGCCAGACAGAUGACCCCUAUUAACCAGUAUUACGGUUCCCUUGGUAACCUGGGCUCCCCUGCAGGACCCAUGGGGCUGGUACAGCCAGGACAGUCCAUGACCCCACCACUCUCCGGUCUAGGUAAUGGAGGUCGCCUGUACAAUGCAGCCCCUGGGGCAGAGGCAGCCAAGUUUCGCAGUGGCUCCGUGGGAACCAACAACAUGUUCGGGUCUCUGUUUCCUGGCAGGACCAUGCCUUCUAGAAGCAGCCUGUCGAAAGAGGUUACAGGUCGUAGCCGUCUGCUUGAAGAUUUCCGUAACAACCGUAUCCCAAAUUUGCAACUAAAGGACCUUCUAAACCAUGUGGUGGAAUUCUCUCAAGACCAACAUGGCUCCAGGUUCAUACAACAGAAGUUGGAGCGAGCCACAACGCAGGAGAAGCUGAUGGUGUUUGGCGAGAUUCUCACAUCUGCAUAUAGCCUCAUGACGGACGUGUUUGGUAACUAUGUGAUCCAGAAGUUCUUUGAGUUCGGCACGCCAGAUCAGAAGCAGACACUGGCCCAGAGACUUCGUGGCCAUGUACUGCAGCUCGCUCUACAGAUGUAUGGUUGUCGGGUGAUACAGAAGGCUCUCGAGUCCAUACCGGCAGAUAUGCAGGUGGAGAUAGUGAAGGAGCUAGACGGUCACGUUGCCAAGUGUGUUAAGGAUCAGAAUGGUAACCAUGUCGUACAGAAAUGUAUCGAGUGUGUCGACCCCAGCCAUCUUCAGUUCAUCAUUGACGCCUUCAAAGGACAGGUGUACCCGCUGUCGACCCACCCCUACGGGUGUCGCGUGAUCCAGCGUAUCCUGGAGCACUGCACGGAGCUGCAGACUCAGCCUCUACUUGAAGAACUCCACGAGCACACAGAGCGUCUAGUGCAGGACCAGUACGGCAACUACGUCAUCCAGCAUGUGCUAGAACACGGCAAGCCAGAGGACAAGAGCAAGAUUGUACGGGAACUCCUGGGCAAAGUGCUCCUUCUCAGUCAACACAAGUUUGCAAGUAAUGUUGUUGAGAAGUGUGUUUGCCACUCGUCACGUGUAGAGAGAGCCGGCCUCAUAGAAGAAGUCUGCUCCAUGAACGACGGUGCUCUCUAUACGAUGAUGAAGGACCAGUUUGCCAACUACGUGGUACAGAAGAUGAUAGAUGUGUCGGAGCCUGGCCAGCGCAAGGUGCUCAUGCACAAGAUACGCCCCCACAUCGGCACCCUCCGCAAGUACACGUACGGUAAACACAUCCUCGCCAAGCUUGAGAAGUUCCUGCUCAAGAACAGCUCGGACCUUGGACCAAUCGGAAUGCCUCCCAACGGAGCCCUGCAGUAAUAACAUGCAUUAUGCAGCUUCAGAUAUUGUGUUGUACCUGAAGUAGAAAUUGUAUCAAAGUUGUAAGCCCUGAUACCUUGCAGUUAUUAUGUAGUUUUUGCAUCGUCAAAUAUUUUGUUGUUCCAGAAGUUUUUUUAUAUACUGGCUUGUAAAACGUUCAUUGCAUUCAAGUCAGAAAUAGCUAAUAAGUUGUUCAAUUUGUUUCAGAACAUAACUGGACAAAAAAUAAAAAUUGGACAAAAUUAACUUCAUAAUUGCUUUAGAUCAAGAUUCAAAUAAUAUGUCCAAAAACUAACAAGGCAGAUAUUUAUCAGUGCUUCUCAUGCAAGUAAUUAUUGUUUUUAAAUUGGGCUUUAUUUACCAGUAUGCUUAUUUCAUUUACUGUUGUACAGAGUGGUUUGCAGAUUUCUUGUGUGAGCAGGAUUUGUUUUGUCUUUUUGUGUCGGUAAAAAAACACUUUAUUCAAUGCAUAGAGGUUGACAUUUUCUUCUGAACAUAAAUGUUAGUUUUGUAUUAUCUUGCUGUGUAUUUUUGUAUGCUAAAUGUUGCCUGUACCAUUGUUUAAAAUGCUGUGUUUGCAUCGUUAAAGUUGUUUUUUCAAGAAGGAAAUAGUAAUUAAAACAUGGUAUAUGGUUUUCAAUAAGAAAGCACCCAUAAUCAUAAAACUUGGAAAGUAUUAAAUAAAAUAUUGUUUUCUACAACAAUUUUGUAUCAGUCCUUUAGUAAUUAGAUUUUAUGAGACUUGUGUUUUGCGAUAAGAAUAGAAAAUAACUUUAUACUGCACAUUUACUAUGACUGUUGCAAAAUCAUGUAAAAUGUUGUUUUGUAUUUUCUUAGCAUAUAUGUCUUUGAAUUUGCCUGAACUUUUUUGUUUUUGUUUUGUAAAUUGAGAAUGUUUGUUACUGCUAAGUGUAAAUGUUUAAUGUUUGUUGCUUAAGCGUUUGUGAAGCAUUCAAGAAAUGUGUAAGUAUUAUAGUACUAUUUUGGGUCAGAAUUGAAGGUUUAUAUUCACAUGUAUUAUUUUGUCAUGUUUUGCCUUUGACAGGGUAUUUUGUAGGAAGGUUUGAAGAUUACCAUCAAUAAUUCAUCAGCAUAGCACAUUUUGUCAUCUUAAGAAUUUAUAAUGAUAGUAGAUUUUUUUUACUAUUUUGGUUAAAGUUCAUCUCAAAACUGUAGAAAAAGGUGAAAACCAGUAAGACCUUUAUUUGGAAGGUGCAUUAUUAUAAAGAACAUGUGAUAACAUAUAGAUGCUAAGUGUUAAUAAUGUUCAGAUAUACUUUUGAUAUUGUUGUCUCCAUAUUGUUGCAUUCAUACUCCUUAUAUAUGUUGGGGUAUACUUUGAUGCUGCAUGUUUUUCUCAUGAACAAUCAUUCACAUAUUGUUGGUCAUUGCUGCAUGCCAUCUUCAUAACCAUAGUUGACAUGUACUCCUUAGUUAAGUUUUCUUUAGUAUUACCUUGUUUUGUUGUUGUUGUAGAGUGUUUUAUAAUUUUUUCACUUACUUUUGACCAAACUCUUAUUUCUGACUGUUACACAUUUUUGCCGUAUUGCUGAUAUAUCUGUAAAUAUUGUUCUAAACUUUAGAAUGUUCCAUGUACAUUUUGUACGAAAUGUGUACAUUUGAGAUUUGUAGUUGUAUGCGUACUUAAAAUAAUGACUUCUUUGUUAAAUAGUCCUGUGUCUGUGCAGUUUUUCUCUAUUUGCUUGAAUAUAUUUUGACCCUCUUAUAUUGUCUAUAUGUAAAGGUAGUUUGGGUUGUAUAUAAUUUUUGUGAGGCUUUCUUCAGACAGUGUAUAGCUGUUUUGUAAUAUUAACAGAAUAUUAUUUUGUAUUAAUGUAUUUCCUGCCUUUACUAGAUAUUUUGCGUAUUGGUUUGUAUACUUGUAAUCGGAAAUAUUUGUGUUAACCUUUUUCAUCAAUUAGCAGACUGUUGUGUAUUGAAUCAUAAUAUAUUGUUGAUAUGCAAGUCUAUAGGGCAAGAUCUCUUCAUUAAGACAAUGAACUUUUCAAAGGGUACACGUAGUUUUCAAAUUGAGAAUUUAGCUUUGGUUAAAACUUGUGAACCAAGCCAAUUAGUUUCUGUCACAAAGAAAAUAUUGCUCAGUAAGCUGUUAAACAAAAAUGUAGGCACACAACUGCUUGGUGUGGUAUACAAAUGGAACUUGUAAGAUAUUGUAGAUUGCCAUAACAAAGGACCAGUAAGCUGAAUCAUAUAUAGCUAAACUUGUGAUGCUUUUUAGCAGGAUUGUACUUAUAGCCAAAGGGUAAUUGUAGAAAUACAUAUGUUGUGUAAACUUCCGUUUUGUCUCAGUGUACAUAUAGACUUUCAAGGAUAUCAGUUACUACUAGUAUGUUGUUAAAUACUUGUUCAUCUUGCUUAACAUCCUAGAUGGUUCUUUACCAAUCUCAUAUUUCCUAUGCCCUUUUCUUCAGAUCAUUUCUACUGCUUAUUCUACUACGGCUGACAAUAAAGCAUGUAGUGUUGUUGAGUUUGAACCAACCUGUAUGCCUAACUCUUUAUAUUCACAUAUAACAAGCAUAUUUACGAUCGAAUAGUCAGUGUUUACAUUUACAACGUUCAUAUGACUCUCAAUCCUAGAGCCAAAUCAAAUAUUGUAAUAUACUGUACAAAGUAUAAUCAGAGUUGUCUAUAAAUAGUGUGUACAAACAUGUGUAGUUACUGUUAAUAGUCUUUUGUAACCUGUAAAAAAUUUGCAAUCUGUAUCAAUUAAAAAUGCAAUUGAAAAGGUUGUACCAGUGUAAAGAUAUCACAAAUACCACCUGCCAUCAUAGCUCAUGUGCUAAAACCCUUCCAGUUGUAAAUGGUCAUGUAUGUAGUGUAAAAAGAAAGUUCUUCAUUUUUUGUCACCACUUCUGUAUAAACGUUUAGUAAAGUAUUCCUGAAAAUAAUGUCUUUCAAUUUUGUGUAAAUAGACUUGCGUAUAUAUAAUUGAAACAGUUUUCGUUCAUUUUUCCUUAUCAAGUGCUUUUUUAUGAGAUUCUAAAUAUGUAGAUAAAUAAGGAAUUUCGUGAACAAUGCCAUUUUUGUAAAUAUAAUUUUUUGUUAAGUACCCAGAGUUAUCGAUGAAUGCGUUAAACUAAUUGCAAGUUUUAUUUGCCUACAUAUCAAUCGAAGUAUUGUGUAAUUGCAAACAAGUAACCAAGUAAAACUAUUUGUUUAACAACGAAAAACUACAGAAGCAUGCCAGGGUUUGUGUCGGUAAUCUGAAAGAUGAAAGUUAAAACAUUUAACUUUAAAGAGAUGUUUAUAUCCAACGAGGAGCAAACCAUUUCAAUUUACAUUUCAAUUUAGAUAGGAAAUGUUUUGGCAGAAUUAGGUACACAUUAUAUGUUCAGUUGUAUCGAUAGGUAUUUUUGAAAAAAUAAUACUUUUGAUGAUUAUCACCAAACUGGCCAUCAUACAAUUAAAGUCUAAAGCCUAUCUUGGAAUACGUAAAAUUAUGAAUGUGUUUUCAUGCUGUAGUCAUAAUGUGCAUGUUCCCAUAAUUUCAUGAGAAUCAUUGUAAAUCAGAAAUGAUUGACUACAAGUCUGAAAUAGUUGCAAAAAAUAUGCAGUUGUUACAUUUGGUCUAACAGAAAAUUAUUUUAAUUUAAGUUGUUUAACUGACAGGUUUUGUGUGAAAUAUGAUGGUAAAUAAUUCAGAAGUGGACAAGUAUUAAUGGUAUUUGUUUAACUUCAUUUCUGAGUUGAUACUCCGUGUUAUCAAUCCAUCAUCAAAGUAACUAUUGGAUAUCUUAAUAAUGUCAACAAUUGGGUGAUGUGCAAUGGGACAUGAUUAAUCUGCAUUUAGAUUCUUUUCUGAAUAAUUUCUCUUUUUUUUGUAAAUAAUGUACUGUAAAUGAGCUUACUUUUGUACUUCCUCAUGUGUUUAUGCACUUAAAAACAUUGCUUGAUAUCUUGUUAUUUUGCUAAAUUAUAGAAUAAUUAUCAUAUAAUGUGUGAUAUGUUAUGAGCAUAUGUGCUUUUCUCUAACCCAUUGUAAAUACAAACUAAAUUUAAAUGAUAACAAAGUAUACGGCCUGUCUCGGACAAUCGUGGGAUGCAUAAUCAGUUACAUGAAAAAUAAAAAAUUGCGCUUUGUGUCACAUCCUACAUUUGAAAUGGACAAUCUUGAAAUUUUGACUCGUGUUUCUUGUACUAUGUAGGUUUAAUUGAAAUAUAUUUAAAGCCUAUAACUAUUUACGUGUUUGCAUUGUAAAUCACUCAUUCUUGUUAAAUAUCUUAUUAAAUAUAUGUAAAGCAAUACACCUCCAGCAAGUAUGUACAUAGUCAAAUAGCCAUGGCUGUUGGUUUUGUAAAUAGAAGUAAUAUUUUGACACAUUCAAACAACAGCCCUUUGCAAUUGCCGGCCGAUGCAGAUCAUCUAGAAUGGAUAACCAUUUUGUAAUUUAUCAGUACUAGCUAACCUACCAAUACUAGAUAUAGGUGUUCGCUAAGUUGGUUCAGUCAUUUUUAUCCUAUUCAUGUCAUCUCUUAGGAAGGGUUUUAGCUGGACACUGAUGGACAGGUCUAUUUUUAUAUUGCGCUCUCCAAUUUGUUAAUACCCACUUCGCCCUGUACAAAGUUACACUGUAAAUAAACCCGUCUACUUGUUUUUGUUAAGUAGAUUGAACAAAGUGUAUACAAUAGCUGGAAACAAAGCCAUUCCAUAUCAUUUUGUCUCUAUGGUUACUCAUAUUGUACAAUACGACAGAUACUUGCAUUACAAUUGUAAAUUAAACAUUUGCCAAACUCAUUCCUCCGAAAACAGUCUGAUGUUUCUGUGCACAGAUGGAUCAGAAGUGUAUUCCAUGCCCCUGGUGGGUCUUGAGCGUUUAGUGAUUUUUCUGGCCUCAUUUAGCAGAGUAUAUUUUGUUAACCCUUUACCACUCCGAUUCCCACUUAGACUCGUUUUAAAGGCUUUAUAUCCAUCCUCAGAUUCCCACUUAGACUCGUUUUAAAGGCUUUAUAUCCAACAAUAAGAUACUGAUGAGCAGCAAACAGCAUAAAACCUGAACAGAUUUGCCAUUGUUGCUUUGCUUCUGAGCAGCAAAGGGUUAACCCUUUGCAUGCUGGGAAAUUUGUUGUCUGCUAAAUUGGUGUCUGCUGAAUUUAUCAAAUCAUCAUUUUCUCCACUUUUUUUCAAAGACCACUAUCAGAAUAGCAAACAGUUUGGAUCCUGAUCAGACGCCACGUUUUGUGGCGUCUGAUCAUGAUCCAAACUGUUUGCAAAGGCCUUUAAAAUUCGGUUCCAGCGCUAAAAGGGUUAACAUAAAAACUGUUACUGUCAACACAGUUUCAAAGAGAACGCUUGCAUCUGUAUACAUUGUUUUCUCUUAAAUCAUUUGAAAUGGUAAAUGAAAUCAGUGACCUUGAAAAUUAAAUCUGUAACAGUUAAGCUCAAAAAAGCAUUGAUUUUGAUCAACGUAGUAUUUAAGUUGUAAAUUGUUGAGUACAUCAGUAUAAUGAAUAGAUAUUUAUUAAUAAUUGUAAUAAUCCGUAUAUUUAUUUAACUUUACAGUGAUUAUAUCUACUGUCAAAAUGAAAUGUGUAUUUAUUGCAACUUGAUCUAAGUUAAAAAUUUGGUAAUUGUAUACACAGUUGAUCUUUUUUUUGUACAAAUUAUCUUGUAUAGACUGUACAGUAUACUGAAGAAAUCAGACUUUAUGGUGCUAUCUUCGAAUCUGUGCAUAGAUCAGUGUACAGUGUUAGUAGUUUGUUAAAGAUUUUUUAAGAAGCAGCUUUCUUUAUUUCUUUUUUGUUUCAGAUUUUUCUGUUUUUCGUUCCCACUGACAUAAACAAUGACAGUCAUUUGAGGUAGUGUUUUCGAUAUAGGAGUACACGUUGAUAUUUAUUGAAUAUUUAAGGAAAUUGAUUGUUAAUUUAAAAUAUGUUUUCCAAGUGUUGUGUUAACAAAAUUCUUUUUACUGAAUAUUGUUUAUGGUUAAUGUUCACAGCUGUAUCCUUCUUUGUAACUCCGCAAGAUAUUCUAUUAUCAGUGUAAUGUGUUAAGGUUUAUCUUCCAAUAAUUUAAGAAUAUCCUUUCAAAACAAGUAUAAUGUAGAAAUUGUGUCAGGAAACGCACAAUCAUUAAUGCAAUAGGUUCAAGAUGUACACCUUAUUGUAAAAAAGCAUCGUAUUUUAAGCAUACAAUGUUGUCUUUAGAAUUGUUAGUUACGACAGAGAAGUGACUGGGUUGCUGCAUUGAUCUGUUCACACUGUUUUCUUUUUGCACUAAUUCUGUUUUUCAUUGCCUGGUUUGCAAUUAACAUAACAAACAGGAAUCAAGUAUGUCUGUUGCUUCUGGUUUAACCCUUUGCAUGCUGGGAAAUUUGUCGUCUGCUAAAAUGUCGUCUGCUGAAUUUCUAAACAUUUAUAGCAUUUCUUCGAUUUUUUUUUCAAUUAUACUAUCAGAGUAGCAAACAGUUUGGAUCCUGAUGAGACGCCACGUUCUGUGGCAUCUCAUCUGGAUCCAAACUGUUUGCAAAGGCCUUCAAAAUUCGGUUCCAGCACUGAAAGGGUUAACGAGAUUUUCAUCAGUGCAGGAAUAGAAUCUAAAAAGUAUAAUAAAGGUGUAAAGAACAAUAUUGCAUGUGAUAACAUUUGAGUCAUGAAACAAUUAUCUAUAUCUACAGUUACUGACUUUUAAGUGUUUUCAUUCCAUGGGCAUCUUAAAUUUAACAAGUCUGUAAUUGCAAUAACAAACUAUUUUAAAACAUCAACUUUAAUCUAUGUUGUCAACUUCAAAAUUUUUAGUUGCAACUUUCCCUAUUACCUAGGAAUACUUGAAGCAACAGGUGUUUGAUUUUGUAUGUGGGUUUGAUUUUGUUUGAAUGGUUUCUCUAUCGUCAGAUAGUCGACUUUGGAUUGUAUUUUGUUACAAUUUAUUUCCUUUUGUGCAUGCAGUAAUAUUAAUAAAAAUAUGAAUGCCUGAAUGGGAUCAAUUUA